GGACACAAUGAGCAACGGAUCCAAAGCCGAGUUCCGACGCCUGCCGUCAGCCGUCACUCCAAGACAUUAUGUAAUCACUAUUAGACCACAACUCAAGAGUUUUACGUUCGCUGGCAGUGAAGAGAUCAGUGUUGGUGUCAGUGAACAGACCAAACAGAUUGUCUUGAAUUCACUCGACAUUGACAUCACUUCCGCCACUUUUACCACAAGUGAUGCCAAAACGUUGACUUCCGUACGGAUCGAGAGCUCUGCCGAAACGGAGACGACUUGUAUUGACUUCGCAGAGACUUUACCCCUCGGGUCGGGAGAACUGAAACUGGAAUUCACGGGUUUUAUUAACGAUAAACUGAAGGGUUUUUACAGAAGUAAAUACACGGCUGCAGACGGACAACAGGACAGGUAUGCGGCGGUCACUCAAUUCGCCCCAACGGACGCCCGGCGAGCGUUUCCGUGUUGGGACGAACCGGCACUUAAGGCCACGUUUGACAUCCGUCUUGUGGUGCCGAAGCAUUUGAAGGCUCUGUCAAAUAUGGACUCAUCGGCGGUCAUCCCUUUGGCCGACUCUGACCUCAAAGAAGUGCAAUUCCCGACCACUCCUUUGAUGUCGACAUAUCUGAUCGCUUACGCCGUCGGAGAGUUUGAUUUGGUUGAGGGAAAGACAGUCAACGGACACACUGUUCGCGUGUAUACACCGGUGGGAAAGAAAGAUCAGGGAGUCUUCGCUCUCGAUGUGGCCAUCAAAUCGUUGACAUACUAUGAGGACUACUUUGAUAUCCCGUACCCGUUGUUCAAACUCGAUAUAAGUAAAUACACGGCCGCAGACGGACAACAGGACAGGUAUUCGGCGGUCACUCACUUCGAGGCGACUGAAGCCCGGCGAGCGUUUCCGUGUUGGGACGAACCGGCACUUAAGGCCACGUUUGACAUCCGUCUUGUGGUACCGCCGGGUGUAAAGGCUCUGUCAAAUAUGGACGCAUUGAGGGUCAAAGAUUUCGUCGACUCUGAUCUCAUUGAGAUAGAGUUUAUGACCACUCCUUUGAUGUCUACAUAUCUGAUCGCUUACGCCGUCGGAGAGUUUGACUUCGUUGAGGGAAAGACAGUCAACGGACACACUGUUCGCGUGUAUACACCGGUGGGAAAGAAAGAUCAGGGAGUCUUCGCUCUGGAUGUGGCCAUCAAAUCGUUGACAUACUAUGAGGACUACUUUGAUAUCCCGUACCCGUUGUCCAAACUCGAUAUGUUGUUCGCGUGUAUACACCGGUGGGAAAGAAAGAUCAGGGAGUCUUCGCUCUGGAUGUGGCCAUCAAAUCCCGUCAGUGACUUCCCGAUCGGAGCGAUGGAGAACUGGGGUCUAAUCACAUAUCGGGAGACAUGUAUUCUUGUGGACCCACAGAAUACGUCUACUUUCAGUAAACAAAGAACUGCUAUAAUAAUAGCCCACGAAAUCGCUCACCAAUGGUUCGGUAAUUUGGUGACAAUGGACUGGUGGACAGAUCUGUGGCUGAAAGAAGGUUUCGCCACAUUUAUCUCAUACCUAUGUGUUAACCAUUUGUUCAGUGAGUAUCACAUUUGGACUCAAUUCGUGUCCGACGAGUACUUAACGGCACUCAAUUUGGACGCACUUCACAACUCACACCCCAUUGAAGUACCGGUCGGUCAUCCGUCGGAAAUUAUUGAGAUUUUUGACAGAAUAUCCUACGAUAAGGGAUCCGCUGUCUUAAGAAUGCUUCACCGGUAUAUCGGAGAUGAGUAUUUUAGAAAAGGAUUGCAUUUAUAUCUCGAUCAACACAAAUACGGCAAUACUGUGACCGACGAUCUCUGGACUUCACUUCAAAAGGCCAGCGAUAGACCCGUUAGAGAAGUGAUGAACACUUGGACUAAACAGAAAGGAUAUCCCGUUAUAACAGUUAAGUCCCGUCGCGACGGAAACUCAUUGAUUCUAAGCUUAAGUCAAGAGAAAUUCAAUGCCGACGGAAAGGCCGACUCCGAAGUGAGUCCUCUUUGGAUGAUUCCUAUA